CGUGCCGCUUCAAGCAAGCUCGCCCGCCGCCUGCCUCGCCUCGCCUCGAGUUGGAGUCAGUGUGUGCAGUGGCGCGUUGGCGAGAGGACGUACGAGGUGCGAGUUAGCGUGACGAGUAGUGCCAGUGCGCGCCAGGCGAGUGAGUGAGUGAGAGAGUGGAGUGAUCUACAACAAGACUGUGUGGAGUGCGAGUGAGCAGUGCCAUGGCGCACGGAGUGAUGGAGGAGUGGAGUGAACGCGGGGUGGACAGCUGCAGUGAGAAAAGCCCCAGCGGCGGCCACGGCCGGGUCAUGGGCUCGCGCCGCAUCUUCGCGCCGCAGUUCAAACUGCAGGUCCUGGACUCUUACCGCCAGGACCCCGACUGCAAGGGCAACCAGCGCGCCACGGCACGCAAGUACGGCAUCCACCGGCGCCAGAUCCAGAAGUGGCUGCAGAUGGAGAGCCACCUGAGGAACAUCACCGGCGGCAGCAUCGGCGGCAGCAUUGGCGCGCCUUCAUCCCCCGGCGGCGGCAGCAGCGUGUCGCUGCCAUCCCCACAGCCCUUGCUCGGCGUGGUCAGCCCCGUGCCCAGCCCCAGCCCCAGCAGUACGUCUUCCAUGAUGCUGGAGCCCCACGCCGCGGCGGCGGCAGCAGCAGCAGCGGCGGCGGCGGCCUUGAACCUCUCCCGCGAGGCGAGGCUGCUUGGAGCCGGCGUUGGCAUGAGGGUCCCUAGCGCCGUCGGCGCCUGCUCGCCCACAGGAAGCGCCAGCUCCCCCCUGGCGUCGCCUUCCCCGCGCGGCUCGCCCGCCUGCUCGCCCGCCCCCAUGCCCCUGCACCACCUGAGCGGCCUGGGCAGCUUGGGGCUGCAGGUGAGCCCCGUGUCCGUGCCCAUGCCGCGCGCCAGCGUCAGCCCGACGCUCCCCAUCAAGAAGAGGUGGCAGCAGGAGACCACCCCUACGUCCCACGCCGCCUCCGACGACGAGGACGAUGACGACGAGGACAUCGACGUCGACGGCACCGAGUCCGAGGCCAGCAGCGCGCUGGACUACACGACGGCCACGCUGAGCAAGCGGCGUUCCUUCUCCCUGCAGUUCAAGCUGGAGGUGUUGGACGCCUUCAGGGAGGACCCCCACUGCCAGGGCAACCAGCGCGCCACGGCGCGUGCCUUCGGCAUCAACCGCCGCCAGGUGCAGAAGUGGCUCGGCCAGGAGCCCGACCUCCGCGACGAGGCCGUGAGCCGCGGCGGCCUCAACAGGCAGCGCCUCGGACGCUGGAAUGACCAGGAGGACGCCCCCGCCACCCCCGCGACCGCCGCCUCCGACGUCGGCUGCCUCGACCUCAGCCGCAAGAGGAAGCACGACAGCGCUUCAGACCUGGACGACGCCGAGACCGAGGCCAAGAGGAGCAGAGUCAAGUCCGAGGCCUCCAACACAUUAGCUCUGCAGAGGCCCACCCCUUUGGCCGACGUGACGGAAGCUUUCCGCGCGCACCCGGGCCUUCCCCCCCACCCCCUGCUGUUUCGGCCCCAACCUGUCAACCUCCCCCUCAUGCCCUCCCUCCCCCUCCCCCUGCCUUUGCCAUUCAACCUUUGUGCCAAACAGUACUCGGUGGAUCUCAAGCUUAGCACCCUCGACCUGUACAACGCUCACCAGCAGAGCAUGAAGUGGCUCAAGCCGGAAGAGUUUCUGAGGCAUAGUAACUCGUUCUUGUUGAACUCUUUCCGGUGAUGAGAAGGACUUUGGUCGAUGAUAUAUUUUUUUGUUUGUUGAUGUAAAACUUGUUUUGAUCUUCCCUGUACCUGUAUUGUAUAGCAUAAUUGUAGUUAUUUAUACUAUAUAUUUUUGUAUUGAGUGAUAAGGAGGAAGACAUAGCAUAGUGUAGGAUAGUAGCUGAUGGCUGUGUAUUCAUCAUUCAGCGAUAUGUUUGUCGCUUAUGAUGCAGCCAUUGAGAGAGAACUCAGUAUUUGAGGCCAGUGCAGGUUUUGAGUGCAAAGAACGAGAAAGAAAGAAUGAUAUUGCUCAUGACUGAAUUUGUUAACAUUUUGCCAGAACAAAAGGUAUUUAUUGUAAGUGAAGCUCAAAAGUCAUUUUUUAUAGCCUUAUUCAAGAAUUCAUUAGAUAAGGUUGAUUUUUUCCCCCUGGGGAAUUGCUCACACAACUGUGGCACAAGAAUGUAACUCUUGACAGAUGAUUGCAUCUUGCUCAAUAGCAUGUUUGGGGAAAUUUCUUAUAUGCUGUGCUCACCUCAGAUAUUAUGAUUUUAUCUGUGUAAAUAAUGUUUAAUUUUGUACCAUAGAAAUGAGCAGAGUUGUACGAGAAUUAACCUUUGGUACAAACUAAGGUGGCCAUAUAUUUUUUUUACCAUAGUGCAGUACAAUUAGCACUGAGUUCCUGCCUGUACUGCUUAUGCCAUGCUUAAUUACUGUUUAGUCUUUAGAACUGAUGAGCCACUAGAGGCUACACAGGCUGUGUUCCUGUAUCUCUGUCGCCACCCAAGGUGCGAUUAGGGUGACCACGAUAAUUAUCAAUUUGCUCAUUUAUAAUCCUGGACUGUCUCGUACUCUCAUUAUAAGCAAGAAGUCUAUUAUUUUUUUUCAUGCUAGGAGAUUUGCUAUUGAUCAUCAAAUUUCCUGUCUGCUGAAAAAAGAUGUAGUUUUUGAAAUCUAUCUUUUGGUUUAGAUUUGCACAUAUGUAAGACCAUUGACUCUGCAACCUUGAAAUUAAACCUGUGAUAAGAGUAUGUAAGAAAUAUAUUUUUAAAUACUUGUAAUAAGUAAUUGUAACCAAAUUUAGUCCUUUAGGUAGAUGUCCUUUAGGCAGAUGUAAAUUUGCAAAAGUAUUGAAAGCCAUGAAGAGUUAUAUCAAAAUUAAAUUUUCUGGUUGCCCUGCCAAGACUGCAUGGGCAGAGGCACCUGGUGCACUGCACCUUUCAAGUAAACUCAUUAUAAAGAUAUAUAUGAAUAUAUUUAUUAUUUAUUUGAUCUUGAGAUAUUGUAUGUAUGUUAUCUUCCUGUCUUUACAUAGAUAAGUUCUGCAAACCUGUCUGACUAUUUUUCCAUCUUUAUAAUGAUGUACAUUUGCUCUUUCCUAUUGGCCAAGUUUCUUUCAUCUGUACUUUGCCCUCUAAAAUCAGCCAGUUUGAUCUUGUACUUUUUCUGAAAUAUGUUAGCCAUAUUUUCUACUGUCUUCUAAAAGUUUUCGUAAGCGCAUUUAGCUGCUCACUGGUUAGCAACUACACUUCUUUUUUGUUGUAGCGUAAAUCGUGAUAUCUGUAGAUGCCAUAUGGAAGCUCUUAAGAACUUUCAGCAAUUUUUAUAGGUCUGAAAAUGUGUACAAACAAUCAAGACUUUGUAAAUGAUCAAACAGAAAGGUUGUAUUUUUUAAAAUAUGUAAAUGUACCCAUUCAGUCUCACAUCGUGAUUCCAAUUGAUAUGCCUUGAUAACAAAUAUGUGCCUUGAAUGAAAUAUACUAUUACAUUGAUAUUGAAA